AGGGCAGAAAUGACAAACCACACAGCAAUAACAACUUUCAUCCUGCUGGGACUGACAGAUGACCCCCAACUUCAAGUUCUGCUGUUUGUCUUUCUACUUCUCACCUACAUGCUGAGUGUAACAGGGAACCUGAUUAUCAUCACCCUCACACUGGUGGACCCCCACCUUAAAACGCCUAUGUACUUUUUCCUUAGAAAUUUUUCCUUCUUGGAAGUCUCAUUUACCACAGUAUGUAUUCCUAGAUUUCUGUACAGUAUCUCAACUGGGGACAAUACCAUUACCUACAAUUCUUGUGUAAGUCAAAUAUUCUUUAUUAUUCUCUUUGGGGCCACAGAGUUCUUUCUCUUGGCUGCCAUGUCCUAUGACCGCUAUGUUGCCAUCUGCAAGCCUCUUCAUUACAUGUUCAUCAUGAACAACAGAGUCUGCACCAUCCUUGUGCUCAGCUGUUGGGUCUCUGGUUUGAUGAUCAUCAUCACACCACUAUGUAUGGGCCUCCAGCUGGAAUUCUGUGACUCCAAUGUCAUUGAUCAUUUUGGCUGUGAUGCAGGUCCCCUCCUAAAGAUUUCGUGCUCAGACACAUGGGUGAUAGAACAGCUGGUUAUAUUUGCAGCUAUAUUUGCACUCAUUAUCACCCUGGUCUGUGUGAUUCUGUCCUACUCAUACAUAAUCAGAACAAUUCUGAGAUUCCCCUCUGUCAAGCAGAGAAAGAAGGCCUUUUCCACCUGUUCAUCACACAUGAUCGUGGUUGCCAUCGCCUAUGGAAGUUGCAUCUUCAUCUAUGUCAAGCCUUCAGCAAAGGAAGAGGUGAACAUAAACAAAGGAAUUUCAGUUCUCAAUACUUCUGUUGCGCCCUUGCUGAACCCAUUCAUUUACACCUUGAGAAACAAACAAGUGAAAGAAGCUUUCAAUAACUCUAUACAGAGAAUUACAUUUCUCUUAAAGAAAUAG